AUGCACCUCCUCAGCUCUCUUUUCUUCACCCUUCUAGGCUUUCUUUCGAUCGCUCUUGCUGCAAACCACCCACGAGACUUCUCCCUCCCAACACCAAGCGUAUUUACAACCAACGACAAAUGUUACACCAACCGAAAGAUCUGCGCCGAGGUCAUGAUUGGAAACAGGAUCAACCAACAGCUAGACUACAACGGUUGCAUGAAGAUCAUGAAUCCGGACGAGGUCACUGGUAUCAGGAUGUUUGACUGCUUGUGCAACUUAUACUAG